UGCUUUCCCAAGAGAGCAUCCCAACCCAAGCAGCUGAGUCUGGAAGAAAAUAUUUCUCCAGAGUCCUGCUCUGUGAUUGGUCCAUUUGGAAACUAGCGGAAGUAGGAGUGGAACGAAUUGGAGGAGCUGCCUUUGUUCUCCGGUUGCCUAGGGCAACAGGUGGUAUACAUGCUCCAGUGUCUCGCCUAGAGGUAGCUCUGGGAACCAGUUUUUAGAAGCAUGAUGAUGGAGUGAAGAAGGAUCCACUCACCAAGUUUGCAAUAAUUGUCUGUCAUAGAGACCAACUUUGACAUGAGUUCGGCGUCUCAGGCCUUCGUAACUAAACCUGCUAAUCUGAAUCCAACUCCUGACAAUACAGAAAGAGGUGCACCCUAUUCUUCCAUCCCUCUCAAAUGCUAUGCCAAAGUGAUUUCCAACACUGAAAAGAUAGGCUUCAAUUCUCAGGCAAAGAGAUUUCAAUAUACUGAGAAUGAAAAUCCAGGGCCCGGACUUUAUAAUAUCAUCCAUCAAUCUAUGUUCCUCAACAACGUCUCCCAGUCUCGGAAAGGAACCUGUUUUUUCCCUUCCUUGGAUGUCCGGAUUGCUCACCAGAGAAUUCCCAACUAUCCUGCUUCAAAUGCCUAUGACAUCUCACCUACUGUCCAUGCCAAGAAAGACUUCAGCUUGGGAUACUCUAGCAUGUUUCAUCCACCAUUUGCCAGGAAGAUUGCCAAAAAGACCGGGCCAGCCCCCAACGAAUACAAUGUUUCAGUGGAUCUUUGCAAACAGACCUACAAACUUGGCGCCAAGUCUGUCUUCUCAUCAAAAACAAAACGGACCAUGUCAUGCAGCAGCAGGGAACGAGUGCCUUCUCCAUGUCACUACCGAAUUAAAGAUUCCCUGAUCAGAGUGUCUCCUCCAGUGCUGGUGUCCUGCUUUAGAUCCAAAACAGGCCGUACAACCGAUCCAGAAACGCUGAGCCCAGGACCAGCAGCCUAUCAGCAGGCGGUUGAAACCACAAUUGGACCAUCAAAGAGAUUCUCUGGACUGCACUUACAACAUCCCUGUUCCACAGAAACAAUCCUUCAUGUACAACAUCAGCAACAAAUGGGUGCCCGUAUUAUAAAGCGAGAGAUUCCACAAGGUGUCAAUGAAAGCAUGUCAUAUUUAGUUUUUCUUCUGGGCAAGCAGCUCCCGGGAGAACGGUUGAAGGAACGAUGGCCAUCCUCCUGGGCAAAGUUGCACAACCGUGCGGGAAAUCAUAACUUCCCUGGUAAUAGCAGUCACCACGUUCCUUGAACAUGCUAAACCAGAAUCAAUAGACUGAAGUGCUGCUUCCCUGUUAGGUGACAGGCAGGUCCACCCAGAUCCGUUUCCAGCUUUUGCAAAUGCGUGCUUAGAUGUUCACUGGUGAACCAACAGGAAAAGCCAAGGGCACUCAUAGGUGGCAAUUAAAAAAACCAAUAUCUGACACAUAAAAUGGGCCAGAGCUUUGAUGACACCAUUCUGACUGCCAUUUUCUUUUGGUUUUUAACCUCAACCUGGAGACCCCUUUGGGAAAAGGGCAAAACGGUCAUUUGGGAAUGUCUGUGGAGAUUCUCAAUCCUCCAGGUCAGGAGUCUCCAACCUUGGCAACUUUAAGACUUGUGGACUUCAACUCCCAGAGUUCCUCAGCCAGCGUUGCUGUUUUAUCAAAACAUAAAACAUUUAGUGAAAAAAGGUUUUGUCAAAAUGCAAUAUGUAUCUACACAUGAUCAAAUUGCUGAUAUGCUCAACAAACCACUUCCAGCAGCUCAACAUGAGUAUCUGCGUAAGAAGAUGUGCCUUAUUUGAUGAUGUACUGAUAUUCGCUCAACUGGCAAAAGAAGGGGAAUGUCACUGCGUUAUUUUAUUUGCCAGCUGAACUCAUCAUUUCUGGACUGUCAGACUCUCCGUAGCUUGCUGGCUGAGGAACUCUGGGAGUUGAAGUCCACAAGCCUUAAAGUUGCCAAGGUUGGAGACCCCUGCUCCAGGUCAUAGUUGUAUCAAAAGUGCUUUUCCAAAAGGCAACUGAGCUUUCUCGUUUUUUUAUUCCUCGAAAAUGAUUCGCCUCUCACCCAAGAAGCUUCUUCACUUCUGAAGGCUUUUUUUUUUUUCCUUGUCAAACCUGUUCCACUGAAUUCUUCCUGACAUUUUCCACCCAGAAUUCCGAGCUUUUUAUUCUUCCCUCUGUUGCUGCUCCUCUUUGCCAUCCUUUCCUUUGGUCCCCAAGUUCAGUUGUCAGGGACCAUUUUUUGUUUGUUUGUUUACCAAUCAAAUUUACGUAGCUGCCCAUCGCCCCCUCUUCCCAAAGAAGACUCUUUAUUCAUAGCCGCAUUAACUGAAGGACAAGGUUGGGAUAAAGUAGUCCUUGGGUUACGACUGUAACGGAACCCACAUGUUCAAGACUUGUGAUGGCUGUUAAAGCAGGUUGGUCAUGUGACUGACUCAAUUUAUGACCCUUUUUUUUUGCAUCAAUUAAAUCAACCCAUGAUUUGCUAUAAAUCAGUUUUGCCACAAAAAAGCAGAAGUCCAUGGGCAAAAAAAUGUGGUCAUGUGACCAUUGGUUGCUGCCAAUGGCCAUAAAUGUACCUGGUUGCUAAGCAGCCAAAGUUCAGUCACCUGACCACAAUGGGGGCCCAACCGUUGGAAAUUCGAAUCCAGGUUGUAAAUAGCCCAGAUAGGUCCGCUGGAAUGUUAAACGGCCGCCAAGCAACAAGUCAAGGAUUACCUGUAUUGUGCAGAGGUAAAUGUGCUGUUUAACUUCUCUU